CCAAGGUGAUUUGGAGGAGCCCGAAGAAUGGCACCCCUCCCCGUUACCUUCGAGGCGCGGGUUUAUGACGUCAGUGGCCUUAAAGGGGAAGAGGGUGGUUAUUUAAAGGAUCCACGGGUGGAUUCUCCCACAAUGCAAUGAAGUUCUUUCUGCUUCUUCCCUCCUUUUCAUUGACCCUUUUCUGACGGCUUUUUUCCCCUCUUCUCUCUUUUUCUAUCUGGCUGACAAAUAUUAGUCCCUCGUUUCUGGCCCUUUAACGAGGCCCCUUUAAUUCCUUUCUCUUGGCUUGCCUUCUUUUUGGGCGAUUUGGGGCCGUCCCCUCUCCUUCAAGAGAGGGGGAACCGCGAUCCAGUACCUGAUUGAUAAAGCAGUCUGAAGAUUGAGAUAUCAUUGAAGCUUAAGGAAAUGCUGAGUUCAUACAUCAUACUAAACUAGGGUUGCUGGUAUUUGGACUGCAGAGCACCACCCAACAGAGCAGAUGUGUCUGUUUUUUUUUUACCCUGAACCCUCAGCCUCUUCUGUUCUUCCUCCCCCUGUGGAAGUUGGCACUCUUUUCCACCUCGCAAGAGCCAAAAUGGCAUCUGGCGUGGAGCUCCUUCGCUUUCAGCUGCCUGGCCACGAGGCAGCCACCUUGCGCAACAUGAAUCAGCUACGCUUUGAGGAGCGUUUUUGUGAUGUCACUAUCGUGGCGGACAGCCUCAAGUUCCGCGGCCACAAAGUCAUCCUGGCGGCCUGCUCCCCAUUCCUGAGAGAUCAGUUCCUGCUCAACCCUUCUUCCGAGCUCCAAGUUUCCCUCAUGCACAGCGCCAAGAUUGUAGCCGACCUGCUUCUCUCUUGCUACACUGGAGCACUCGAGUUUGCCGUCAGGGACAUUGUGAACUAUCUGACCGCUGCCAGCUACCUCCAGAUGGAGCAUGUGGUGGAGAAAUGUCGUAAUGCCCUGUCCCAGUUCAUCGAACCCAAGAUCAACCUCAAGGAAGAAACGGCCAAAUUUGGAGGCUACCGGAAAUUCAAGUCUUCCAGUGUUGUGGGUUGCUCUACCUCAUCUAAUAAAGUGCACUCACGCAAGAGGUCCAUUCAGCGGCCCGUUAAGCUGGAAUUCCCACUGGAAGAAGAGUUGGAGAUGAAAGCUGAAGAAGAAGAAGAGGAACAGGAGGAGGAUUUUGGGUAUGAAGAUUCUGUCUCUGAUAUCUGCAUUGUGAAGAUUGAAUCGGCCAUGGAAGUAGCCCAGCGGCAGAAGAAGCAACAGCAGCAGAUGGGCACCAGCUGGAGCAAAGACACAUCACCCCAGCAAAGUUGGAACAAGGAAAGUUCACCACAGCAAGCUUGGGACAAAGAAUUAUCUCCUCCACCCGGGUGGAACAAAGCUGAAUCCGGAGACCAGGAAGAACCUCAAGUCAACUCUACAGUGGCAGAAGCCAUUGAGUCUUCUCCAGAAUCUACACCAGAGAAACCUCAGCAUGGUGUGGUAAAGGCCUCCUACAGCCUCUCUGAGGAUGACGUAGGUAAAGGCCUCCUGAUCAUCCCUGGGGGAGGCUACUUGGAGGAGACCAGCGAGGCGGCAGCCGUUGCCGCCGAGUGCCAGAGCAGCAGCGGUGGGAUGGGGCUGGUGCUCGCAGGAUUGAGUGGUCGUCCCUUCUCCACCUUUCCCGUGGUCGGGAGAGGUGGCAGUUCAGGAACCCUUGGGGGAGGUAGCGGGAUCUCAAGAAUCAUCUGUUGCACCAAGUGCGAGGAGGUCUUCCAGGGGGUGGAGAAGCUGGUCUUCCACAUGCGGGCCCAUCACUUCAUUUUCAUGUGCCCUCGGUGUGGCAAGCAGUUCAACCACAGCAGCAACCUCAACCGGCAUAUGAAUGUUCACCGUGGGGUGAAAUCCCAUUCCUGCACCAUCUGCGGGAAGUGCUUCACCCAGAAGUCCACGCUGCAUGAUCACAUGAACCUCCACAGUGGCGAGAGGCCCUACCGCUGCUCUUACUGCGACGUGCGCUUUGCCCACAAGCCCGCCAUUCGCCGCCACCUCAAGGAACAGCACGGCAAGACCACGGCAGAGAACGUCAUGGAGGCCAGCGUGACCGAAAUCAACGUCCUCAUACGUUGAAGGAAGAAGUCGGGUAGCGCUGGGAAGUGGAAAGGGAGACUCCUGAGCUCUGAGGGAGGGACGUGGGCUGUAGGGAUUAGAUGUAGGGGUAACGAGCCAGGAUCCCCAAGUUUUGUGGGAUAGGAUUAGUGCUAGUGUGGUAGAGGGUGGAAGCCCUGGAUUCUUUGGACGGGUGUGGGAAGGGCCUAGUGGAUUAGCAGAGUAGACCGUACAUGAAGUGAAGCUCCUGGAUAGUCUGGGAAAUGAAAGGGAUCUAAUUAGUUCGAACAGAAGGCGAUAGGAGAUGGGAUUCCUGGGAUCUGUCCUCAUCCAACACCCCAGAAAACAAGCUCAGGAUCCAAAAAGCUCUUGACAGACUUGAACAAUGGGCCCUAUCCAACAACAUGAAAUUUAAUGUGGAGAAGAGCAUCAUGGUUUUACACCUGGGCAGGAAAA